AUGUCGCGCGAUAAUCUGAGCGGGCUCGGCUCAAACGGGACCGGGCUGACACGUUCGCAGCAGCAACAGAAGAACGAUCUAUUCGCUGCAUCGCCUCUGGGCUUAGCAGCCUGGCGGUCGAUGGGAGGCGAUCUGUACUCUGGAGGUGCAGACUGGAGCACGCGGUGGGGGCGCAAGGGAAUUGCCGAGGGCGGCGGAACGUUCUACGGCGACGCGGCGUCAGAGGCGCCGGCGUUCAUGGACGCGGCCAGCAUCGCUGCUCCCACCGCUCAACCUGCUCCGGAUGGAGCACAUUACCCGGCCGCCCCGCUGGCGACGGUGCCGACGGCAUCGAGCAGGACGUCGCUGUUCUGGGGCGAGCUCGAGCCAUGGAUGGACGACGAGUACGCGCGUCAGGUGUGCGCCUUCAUGCGGUGGGAGCCCAUCCAGAUAAAGGUCCCCCGCCCGGCACCGGACCCGGCGACGGGCACACAGGCGAAUAAUCCGGGAUAUUUGUUCUUGACGUUCGCGACGCCGCAACAGGCGGCGGCGGUGCUGCAACAGAUCAACAGCCCGCCGGACGGCAAACAAGUCAUGAUGCCAAACUCGAAUAAGCCCUUCAUCCUCAACUGGGCCUCGUCCACGCCCAUCACGCCCACCGUCUCGCCGCCUGCCCAGUCGACGCCGACCACGACCAACGGAAACGGCAGCAAUACCGCCGGCAAAGAUAAUAGCAGCUCAAAUAGCAACAAUGGCUCGGGUGGGCAACAGUCUUUCCCGAAAGAGUAUUCGAUCUUCGUCGGCGAUCUCGCUCCCGAAGCAUCCAACUCGGACCUUGUCGCCGUUUUCCGCAACCCGGUCCUCGGCCUACGCAACGACCGCGAACCCAAGUUUAUUCGUCCGUUCCUGAGUUGCAAGAGCGCUAAGAUCAUGCUCGAUCCGGUCACUGGUGUCUCGCGUGGCUAUGGCUUUGUCAGAUUCACGGACGAGGCUGAUCAGCAACGUGCGCUCAUCGAGAUGCACGGCCUGUACUGUCUUUCUCGCCCGAUGCGCAUUUCUCCCGCCACAGCCAAGUUCAAGCCCCAGCAAGCGCCCGACCUUCCUCAGGUACAGAACCCGCCGCCGCAGAGCGCACUCGGUUCAGGUCUGCCGGCCUUGCCGCCCUACCCGCCUCCGCAGAGCGCCAGUCCUGCUUCGCCUGCUGCCAACGUCAACGGCCAACCCGACGACCUUCAGAGCGUGCUGUCUCAAAUCGCUGCCAUCGCCAAUAGCUCGACCCCCGCCCCGAAGCCUGCUCCUCCCGCGCCACACAAUAGCAUCACCGCAUCAUUCGCCUCGUCGCCUUCGGCGAUGUCACCCGCUGCAGGUGAAGGCCAGGAAGGUUGGAAGCAUCAGACGCAAGUUCGCGCGAUCCUGUCUUCCCUCAUCGGUCCCAACGGCGAACAGCUCACGAGCACGGAUCCCUACAACACGACCGUCUUCGUUGGCGGUCUCUCCCCGCUCAUAGCUGAGGACACCCUCCGCACGUUCUUCGCGCCUUUCGGCGACAUCCACUACGUCAAAGUCCCUGCCGGCAAGCACUGCGGCUUCGUGCAAUUUGUGCGUAAAGCAGACGCGGAACGUGCGAUCGAUCGCAUGCAAGGCUUCCCUAUCGGCGGCUCGAGGAUCAGGCUCAGCUGGGGACGUAGCCAGUACAAGGCUGCGCAAGCUGCCGCGCAAGCUGCGCAGGCCGCUGCAAUGCAGAUGCAUACACCCCCCGCACCUGUAGCUGCUACACCUGUUCCACAAAUUCCUGCGGGUCUCACUGCUGAGCAGGCGCUCGAGGUCCUGCGCCAACUCGGUCUGGCGGGUCUACUCACGAAGGACGCGCAGGGGCAGGGUAGCGAGAUGCAGCUUCAGGCGCUGCUGGAGCAACAGGGACUUACCCCGCCGCCACCGCCCCAGACUGGUCAUAACCGUCGCGAGAGUGCUCUCGCGGGAGGUCCCCGUAAUUUUGCUCCCGGACAAACGUACGAUCAAAGCCAGGGUGCUAGUGGGUAUAGCAAGCCUCCGCCCGCCCGUGGCGGUGGUGCCGGAUACGGAGGCGCUUACGGCGCGCCCGCCUUCACGAAUGCGGGUGUGGCCACAGGUGCGAACGCUUACGGCAAUGCUGGUGCCUAUGGGCUGCAAGGUUAUCAGACUCAAGCGCCGUUUGGUGCCCAGCAGCCCAGCUUCGGUCAACAGGCGUACGCGCCACCCUUCAACGCACCCGCGCAGGCCCCGGCACGUGACUACGCCCCUGCAUAUCAGCAACACCAAGCUCAGACCGCGUAUGGGCCUACGUCUGCGACUGGUCAGAACGGAUACGGACAAGGUGCUUCACCGGCGUAUGGAUCAUCCUCACAGGCGCAGAACUACGGUACCGCGUCCGGCCAGCAGCCGUCGCCGUCUUCUGGCAAUGCGAAUGGUAACGCAUACUCGUCGAACCAGAACGGCAACGGCUACUCGUCCUCGAACACCAACAACUACUCAUCCAACGCGGCCGAGCGCGCUGGUCGUGACGAGAUGCAUGAUCUCAACGGCACGCUCGCGAGCCUCGAUCUCGGCGGCGCUGAGCGCGACGCCUAA